AUGACCGACGACGACUUUGAUGUGGCCGCGAUCGGCCUCAACGUGGCGUUCCAGCUCUCGUGGAUGACGCUCAUGUACCUCAUCAACAUGGCGCGCUCGAACGGAUCGAUGGUCGACUUUGGCUGGCCGUCCGGCUUUACAGCCAUGGCGGUCAUGUACUACGUCUACGGCCCCGGCGUUCACGUCCAUCGCGCGCUUCUCUCGGCGCUCUAUGUGUUUUGUGGCGUCCGCUUCAUGUGCGGCUGGGUCUUGCGUGGGCAUCUUACGCGCGAGGACCACCGGUGGGACCAUUGGCGGGCCCACUGGCGCACGCACGGCGGCUUCUUUGGCUCGCAUUCCAUGGCCGUCAACUUCUUUUGCUUUUACCAUUGUCAGUCGCUGACCAACAUUGUUUUCAUGUCCGUACCGUUGCAUGUGGCAGCGACCAAUACGGCGCCUGAGCUCUCAGCCUUCGAACUCGUUGGCCUCGGGCUCUGGGUCCUGGGCUUUCUAAUCGAAAACGUCGCCGACCACCAACUCGACCAGUGGAAGCAGCGCAAGCUUCAAGGCGGCGUCAUGCGCGAGGGUCUCUGGCGCUACAGCCGCCAUCCCAACUACUUUGGCGAAUUCCUUCUCUGGAUCGCGUACGCUGUUAUGGCAUGGCCCGCCGCAAGCAGCCUUUGGACGCAGACACUGCUGCUGUUGCUGCCGUGUGUCGCGUACUACUACCUCGUCUACUUCACCGGCGCGUGGAUGGCCGAGCAAGUGUCGCUCAAGAAGCGCGGCGCGCCAUACGCUGAGUACCAGGCCGAGACGUCGAUGCUCGUGCCGUGGUUCCCCAAGCCGCAUCGCGGCUAAGCCACCUAAUGAGACUGCAUCCAUC